GUUGCAACUUACAGCAAACAACAACCAAAAAUAGAAAAUAGACAUAACUAAUUGCAUAUAGUAGCUUCUGUAGUAGAACUUUGGUGUUCCCUCAGGGUACGAAAAAUGUUUACCAGUGCAUCUUUCUCCAAAAACCUUUUCUUUUUCUUCUUUAGAUUUCUUUUCAAGCAAUUUGGUAACCAUAAAGUACUCCAUAGGAGUUAUAGCAGUCUCUACUCAGGUCAGAGUAAAUAUCAAAGGUAUCCUUCGCUUGCUCGUAGGUCAGACCUGUCAAGUAAAACUCUGGUCUUUAAUGUUGAAGGAGCACUAUUGAAAUCCUCUUCCUUGUUUCCUUACUUUAUGCUUGUGGCUUUUGAAGCUGGAAGCAUUUUAAGGGCUUUUGUUCUCUUUCUUUUAUAUCCAUUUGUUUGUUUAGCAGAUGAGGAGACGGGGUUAAAGAUAAUGGUCAUGGUUUGCUUCUUCGGGAUCAAGAAAGAAAGCUUAAGGGUUGGAAGAACUGUUUUGCCUAAAUUCUUCUUGGAGGAUGUUGGGUUAGAGGCAUUUGAAUUGUUGAAAAGAGGAGGGAGAAAGGUGGCUGUAAGUGACUUUCCUCAAGUAAUGAUUGAGAGUUUCUUAAGAGAUUAUUUAGAGAUUGACUGCAUUGUUGGAAGAGAGCUGAAAUCUGUCUGUGGGUACUUUGUCGGAGUCAUGGAAGAGAAAAACAAAGAAAUGAUAAUAGUUGCAGAGAAGAUAAUCAGUACUCAAGGUAAUGUUGUUGGCAUUAGUCGCUUUAACAGAUCUCUUGACGAUCAUCAGCUGUUCUCUCAGUGCAAGGAAAUUUAUCUGGUUAGAAAGGCAGACAAGAGGAGCUGGCAACGAUUGCCCAGAGACAAAUACCCAAAUCCACUUAUUUUCCAUGAUGGUAGAUUAGCCAUGAGACCAACUCCACUGUCUUCCCUAGCGUUGUUCAUGUGGGUCCCUUUCGGUGUUACCUUGGCCGUAAUCAGGGUCGUUGUUUCCUUAACUCUCCCGUACAGUAUAUCUAUCCCCAUAUUAGUCUUUUCUGGUAUUCGUUGCACAAUAUCAAAAUCCGGAACUUCCUCUUCUGCCUUAAAGUCAGAAAACAAGCCAAGACAAGGCCUCCUUUACGUCUGCAACCAUAGAACAUUACUAGACCCUUUGUACCUCUGUUUCUCAUUGAAGAAGAAUUUCACUGCUGUCACCUACAGUCUUAGCAGGACGUCGGAAAUACUAGCACCAAUCAGGACCGUCCGAUUAACGCGAAACCGUGAUAAAGAUGCAAUGAUGAUGGAGAAGCUGUUAAGUCAAGGUGAUCUUGUGGUAUGUCCAGAAGGUACAACAUGUAGGGAACCGUACCUCUUGAGGUUUAGCCCAUUAUUUUCGGAGAUGAGUGAGACGAUUGUCCCUGUUGCUUUAAACUCUCAUGUCAGCAUGUUUUAUGGCACUACUGCUGGUGGGCUGAAGUGCUUAGACCCACUAUUUUUUCUUAUGAAUCCGUUACCUGUUUACACCAUCCAGUUGCUUAAGGAAGUAUCUGGACUCUCUAAAUCUGAUGAGAAAUCAAGAUAUGAUGUUGCUAAUCAUGUGCAAAGUGAGAUUGGCAAGAGCCUGGGAUUUGAGUGCACCAAGCUUACUAGAAGAGACAAAUACUUGAUCUUGGCCGGUAAUGAAGGUUUCGUUUCUUGUCCUACCAGCAAACCUUGAUGCCCAUAAACUCCACAAGAACAGCUAAGUACGCUGGUCUGGACAUGAGUUUUUCUUUUGGUAGUAGGAGGCACACAGUACAUAGUAGUUUUCUUUUUUCUCUUUGCGUUUUUCAUAAACGCCAAGUGAUAAAUUUUAUUUUAUUUUUUCCUUUUGCAAAUUGUUAACAAGUUGUAACAUAAAUGAAUUGUGAGAAUUUCUACGGUUACUUCUUUUAAAAGUAACUAUUCUUUAUUAAAUCAAAAAAAGUAACUCAUUUUUUA